ACAGAGCUGUUAUAAAAACCGCACGGGGAAUAUCGGGAGAUAGGAGACAAAUGUACGUUGUGGUGGUGGUCUGUGUUCUUGUCCUCCGUGAGUGAUCGCUGACCGCUGGGAGCUGACUGAUAUCCUAUUGUGCCUGUCACAAACUAGGAGCGCUCACUAACAGUGUUGAUCUUUCGUGUAGAAGUAGAAUAUCCAGUAGUAGGUAGACGUCAAGGUUGUUGGUGGAUGGGUCUUUUAUACAGUGUUGAAAGGCAUUAGCCCACAUCAUAUAAAACAUUUACAUGUAUACAUUUGUCAGUGACUAGAGACCUCCGUGAAAACAGCCAAGAUUAUAAAGGCUUUAAGUACACGCAUAAAUAUAUUAUUAUAUCAAUAACAAUUUUAAAACAUUUUACGCUAUUAAACGUGCUAGAUUCUCUACCAAUGACGACUUUUGGUUUGUAAAUUAAGCAACAUGGGAGACUACUCUGAAUCCCAUUACAGCUACCAGACGGUCACCACAGAAGCCAGUCUUCCAACGUCGCCUGUCAACAUGACCACGCCCUGUCACACAGAGAGCAUCAAUGUAGACGUUCGUGUCUGGCGGGCAACCAUGUAUGGUAUUGGCGGAAGUUGCAUUUGCUGCAUAGGAGUCGUCUGCAAUUUCAUAUCCAUUCUGGUACUGGCGAAUUUCAAAACUGACUUUGGCCAAGGCCGCUUCUACAACGAGGUCUACUACAAAUGGAUCAACCCCGCCGUCACGUUUGUCCUGCCCUUCCUGACGUUGCUAUGUUUCAACUCCAUGAUGCUCAGAGCUCUGUGGCGAGACAGAAACGCCACUUCCGGAGCACAGAUUCACCGCGAUCUCUGACCUUGGCCUACUCAUCAACUCCGCCAUCAACUUCCUCAUCUAUUGCGGCACGGGCAAAAAAUUCAGAGACAUAUUUCGUCAUCUCGCUCGAACGUUUUUCUCCCGUCUUCAUUUAUGCGCAACGUGUCAGAAACGACGCCGAGCCAGUCUUGCAAGUCGCAGCGUAUCUACGGCAACGCGUUCCUCUGCCUCUUUUGAUAUGUCUGGAGUGAGCUUAAGAUGUUUUCGCAGAUUCAAAACUGGAACAUCUCAGUCUAUGGAGAGCCGGAAAACAUCUACGUCAGUGAUCAGCAAAAGUAGCCGGGUCAGCUCGUACAGUAAUGACAGUGAUAAGGUCCAUGUUACGAUUCACUGACAGACAGUAAUGCCUGUACAGGUUAUUGGGUGGAUUUAGGACGUACAGUCAUCAUCACCAUCAUCAUAAUCAUCAUCAUCCCCAUCAUAAUCAUCAUCACCACCACCACCAUCAUCAUCAUCAUCAUCGUCCUCAUCAUCACCAUCAUCAUUAUAUCAUUACAUAAUAUUAUUAUUAUAUUACAUUCAUUAUAUGUAUCGUCAUCAUGAUCAUUAUGUAAGUACCAAAACGAAUACAAAAAGUGUAGAUGGAGGCUUGAGUACGGUAUUUCUGAAAUUGCAUGACAUUGUUAACCAAAAAAAAAUUCACCGUCACAUUGAGCAUCGCAUCGUUGUCAAGUUUGGAACCAACUGAGCUAUCGGCAUGCCCCAAUGUUGAGUAAACAAGGCCAGGCUGCAAUCA